GCAGACCUGGCUGCCCAGGGCACCAUGGAGCUGCCGUCCGGCCGCCUCCUCCUCCUCCUGGCAGCCCUGCUCCCCCUCGCCGCACGGUCUGGCCCGGCCCCACACACGGCUGGAAGAGAGGAGCCGGGAUUGGUGAAGCCCGGGUACUGCUACCACAUCGCCGAGGUGGAGAACCCGCUGGACAACGACUGCGUCGCCUGCCGCAGGGACAUCUCCUGCUCCCGCUGCACUGGUGAUGCCAGUUGCCCCGGUGCCACCAAGUGCUGCCCCAGCAAAUGCGGCUACACGUGCCAGGAGCCAGUGCUGGAUUUCUGCUACCUGCCCUCCGUCUGCGGCAGCUGCAAAGCUCUCUUCCGCCGCUUCUUCUUCAACGCCUCCAGCCAGCAGUGCGAGGAGUUCAUCUACGGCGGCUGCGGCGGCAACAGGAACAACUUCGAGACCAAGGGCGAGUGCUUCCAGGCCUGCUCCCACGUCGUUCCAGGUGCCCGGUAGCACCCACCUGGGGAGUGUGGCAGCCUCUGCAUGGCCCCUGCCUGGGGAAGCUGCUGCUGGUGGCCGCCAUCCCUGUCCCCACGGGGAGAUGUUCCUCAUGGGGAUGGUGGCAACAAGUGCUGCUGCCGGGGUGGCCGUGCCAGUGGCUGUGGCUCGCCUGGGGAUGCUCGCCAGCCCGAGGGCAGGGACGUGCGCCCGCAGUGACAUGGCUGUGCCCUCCUGCGCCGUGGUGCCCAGCCGGAGGAGCCCGACACUCCCCUGGGACUGUGACACUUCAA